AUGGCUUUUGGAAGUGCAAUGGAUGGAGAUCUUCUGGAAGAGUUGGAUAAGUUUUGCAAGGAUGGUAAAGCUAAGGAAGCUGUGGAGAUAUUGCUAAAGUUGCAGGGAAUGCAGGUAACUGUGAACUUCGACUGCCUAUUGAGGUUAAUUAGUGUCUGUGGGGAGUCUAUGGCUUUAAAAGAGGCAAAACAGGUUCAUGAGCAUAUCAUGAGAGCUAUGUCCUCACCUGAUGUCAAUACUUAUAACAAGAUCAUGGAGAUGUACUCGAAAUGUGGUGCUAUGGAUGACGCACUAGAUGUGUUCAACAACAUGCCAGAGCGUGAUUGGAUUUCUUGGGAUACCAUGAUAACAUGGCUUGCUAAGAAUGAACUUGGGGAGGAUGCCAUUGAUCUGUUCACCCAGUUCAAGGAAGCUGGAUUUAGACCUAAUUCUAAGAUGUUUAUUGGAGUUUUUUUGGCUUGCGGUGUCUUGGGUGAUAUGGAUGAAGGUAUGUUCCACCUUAUAUCCAUGAAAAAUGAUUUUGAUAUCAUCCCAACAAUGGAACAUCACCUUAGCAUUGUGCAGAUGUUGGGAAGUGCUGGAUAUCUCGAUGAAGCAUUAGAAUUUAUCCACAAGAUGCAUUUGGAACAGAAUGUAAAUGUCUGGGAAACCCUAAUGUAUCUUAGCAGAGUUCAAGGAAACUUGGAGCUUGGCGAUCGUUGUGCUGAAAUUGUGGAGCAGCUGGACCCCACUCGCCUGGACAAAGAGUCAAAGGCAGGUCUUGUACCAGUUAGAGCUUCUGACAUUGCACUUGUGAGGGAGAAGAAGUUGGCCUCACAAAAUCUUCUAGAGCGUAGGACGCAGGGAUACCGAGCAGGAGAUAAAUCUUCUCCUGAUACUGAUAAGAUAUAUGGUCUGCUGAGGAAUCUGAAGGCUCAAAUGAUAGAAGCUGGUUAUGUUCCAGAGACGAGAUUUGUAUUGCAUGAUGUAGACCAAGAGAGCAAGGAGGAAGCCAUCCAUGCUCACAGUGAGAGACUUGCUCUUGCUCAAGGCUUUCUAACUUCUCCUGCUCGUAUGCCAGUUCGAGUAACAAAGAAUCUUCGUGUCUGUGGCGAUUGUCAUAAUGCAUGCAAGAUCAUCUCAUACAUCGUUGGCAGGCAGCUCAUAAUGCGAGACAACAAGAGGUUCCAUCAUAUGAAAGAUGGUGUGUGCAGUUGCAACGAUUACUGGUGA